AUGAACACUAUUAUUUUCCCACUACAAAAUGGUGAUGAUACUUUAGAUGACUCUGAAGUCGAACAACAAACUAAACUUAUGCAUGAAGAUAAUACAAUAUGGAGAGCCGUCUAUAAUGCAGACAAAAUUGCAAUUGAUCAUUUCAUCGAUGCUGAUCCUGAUCUUAUUAAUAAAAGAGGAGCUAUUGGCGAGUGUCCUAUUCAUGUGCUAUUUCUGCGUGGAACAGAUGCACAUUUUGAUAUUGCUCGAGAUCUUAUUCUACGAUUUCCAACGAUCAUAACGCAAACUUAUUAUAGUUCAAAAUAUCAUGGUGAGAAUAUUCUUCAUAUUGCAAUUGUUCAACGUAAUCCAGCUAUGGUUGAAUGGCUACUUAGUAAUGAUCGUUUAGAAUCCUAUCGUCAACAAUUAUUGACAGCAAGAACUACCGGUAGCUUCUUUAAAACAGGUAAAAUAUCUUAUUAUGGUGAAACUCCAUUAGGAUCUGCUUGUUGUACCAAUCAAUGGAAUAUUGUUGAAAUCUUACUCAAAUAUGGUGCUGACAUGGAUGUGACGGACAGUAAUGGUAAUACCAUACUGCAUAUGCUCGUUAAUUGCAAUUUACCCGAAAUUUAUGCUAAAUUCAAAGCUCGUUGGAUAGAACAACAGAAUAUUCAUAAUGACAAAAAAAUAACUGACUCAAAAUCAACAGAAUCAUCAGAAUUAUGGAAUCAUUUAAAUAAAGAUGGUUUAACACCAUUGACUCUAGCAGCUGAUUUAGGUCGAGCUAAAAUGUUAUCAUGGUUACUAGACGAACGUAAAAGAACAUUAUGGUCUUAUGGUAAUGUUUCAUAUGUACUAUAUCCUCUCAAUCAACUUGAUAUUUAUUUUCAUCAAUACAAUAAAGAACGACCUCUUAGUGUACUUGAAAUAAUAAUUAAAAAAAAUAAUGCAGAAUUAAUAAAUCCUAUAAUUGUAUCUUUAAUUGACAAAAAAUGGAGAUCUUUUGUUUAUCGAAUAUUUGUUCGACGAUUUUCUAUUAUAUUUCUUUAUCUUCUUGUUUUUCUUGCUACAACAACUUUACGACAAACAAAAUCAGAAAAAACAGCUGGUGAACUCGAUGAAAAAACAGGAAUAACAAAUGGCAAACAUUUGAGUGUUUUUGAUCAAUUCCUCUAUUCAGUCGGUCAUACCAUUGGGUUUACUUUUCUUGGAAAUUGUUUGGCAUGCUCAUUUUGUUUUUGUAUUUUUACUUGCGAAAUUCUUCGUCUAUUUGGAAUGCAACAAUAUGAAACUCAAAUACUUGCUUUUACUUCUCUUAUUGGAUGGGGUAAUAUGUUGUUUUUGAUUAUGCCAUUUCAAUUUACUGGUCCAUUUGUUAUUAUGAUUUAUAAAAUUUUAUUCAAUGAUGUUCUUCGUUUUUCUAUAAUAUAUAUAAUUUUUCUUGUUGGCUUCGCACAAUCAUUUUGUAUUUUAUUCAAUGAAUAUGGUAAAAUCUUUUAA